UGCUUGCUGCAAGUCCUCCCUCAGCUGAGAUGUACUCUGGUGCUGCGUUCUUUUUUUUCCUCUCUCUCUCUUUCUUAUGUUUUCUUCUUGUUGUUUUUCUUUUUAAAUGUAUAAAGUGAAGAGUUCCUCUUCCCCCCUCUCCCUUUCCACUCCAAAGAACCAACCUCCAGUUAAUUAAACGCUGGAACUCCUGCUACUGUGCCAGAGGGGAGAGUGAACCUGUGCCUGCAUGUGUGUAUGUGUAAAAUAGAUACAAAAAUGUCAAUGAACAGCAGGAAAAGUUCUGGGAGACCGUCUUACUACUAUCGACUGCUCCGGAGGUCACGACUUCAGAGACAGCGAAGCAGAUCCCGGAGCCGGAACAGGCCGCUUAGUAGGGAGUCCCCCCCGGAGAGGUGUGGGCAGAGGCGCAGCAUGCCCAGCGGGGUCACUGAGAAGAACCCCACCAUGGAGCCUGCUGCCACAACGCCUUUCCGGGUCACGGGGUUCCUCAGCCGCCGACUUAAAGGCUCCAUCAAAAGGACAAAGAGCCAACCCAAGCUCGACAGGAACAGCAGCUUCCGCCACAUUUUACCUGGCUUCAGGAGUGUGGACAAUGAAAGAUCCCAUCUAAUGCCGAGGCUGAAAGAAUCACGCUCCCACGAGUCUUUGCUCAGUCCCAGUAGUGCUGUUGAAGCUCUGGAUCUCAGUAUGGAGGAAGAAGUGGUCAUCAAGCCCGUCCACAGCAGCAUCCUGGGACAAGACUAUUGCUUUGAGGUGACGACUUCAUCAGGAAGUAAGUGCUUCUCGUGUCGUUCUGCAGCAGAGCGAGAUAAAUGGAUGGAAAACCUGCGGCGUGCCGUGCACCCAAAUAAGGACAACAGCAGAAGGGUAGAGAAUAUGUUAAAGUUAUGGAUUAUUGAAGCCAAGGACCUGCCAGCUAAGAAAAAAUACUUGUGUGAAUUAUGCCUGGAUGACGUUCUUUAUGCACGAACUACCUGUAAAUUGAAAACUGAUAAUGUCUUUUGGGGGGAGCACUUUGAAUUUAAUAACCUCCCAUCGCUCAAAAACAUUACGGUGCACUUAUACAAAGAGACUGACAAGAAGAAAAAGAAGGACAAGACCAAUUUCAUUGGACAGGUGAACAUCCCCGUCAGCUCUGUCACGGGCCGGCAGUUUGUAGAGAAAUGGUACCCAGUGGUCAGCCCCAACCCCGGUAAGGGCAAGUCCCCGGGGCCCAUGAUCCGCAUCAAGUCACGCUACCAGAGUAUGAGCAUUCUUCCCAUGGAGAUGUACAAAGAGUUUGCCGAGUACAUCACUAACAACUACAUGGUGCUGUGCUCGGUGCUGGAGCCCUCGCUGAGCGUGAAGAACAAAGAGGAGAUGGCAUCUGCGCUGGUGCACAUCCUGCAGAGCACAGGCAAGGCCAAGGAUUUCUUGACUGACCUGAUGAUGUCUGAAGUUGAUCGCUGUGGUGAGAAUGAGCAUCUCAUUUUCAGGGAGAAUACACUGGCCACCAAAGCAAUCGAAGAGUACCUGAAGCUGGUGGGGCAGAAAUACUUGCAAGAUGCCUUAGGGGAAUUUAUCAAGGCACUGUACGAAUCAGAUGAAAAUUGUGAGGUGGAUCCCAGUAAGUGUUCGUCUUCGGACCUUCCUGAACAUCAGAGCAAUCUGAAAAUGUGCUGCGAGCUGGCCUUCUGCAAAAUCAUCAACUCCUACUGUGUCUUCCCAAGGGAGCUCAAAGAAGUUUUUGCCUCCUGGAGACAAGAAUGCAGCAGCCGAGGCCGCCCAGACAUCAGUGAGCGACUGAUCAGUGCCUCUCUGUUCCUCCGGUUCCUCUGUCCGGCCAUCAUGUCCCCAUCCCUCUUCAGCCUCCUGCAGGAGUACCCAGAUGACCGCACAGCACGCACUUUGACCCUCAUUGCCAAGGUCACCCAGAACCUCGCCAACUUUGCCAAGUUUGGCAGCAAAGAAGAAUACAUGUCCUUUAUGAAUCAGUUCCUGGAACAUGAAUGGACUAACAUGCAGAGAUUUCUACUGGAGAUUUCCAAUCCUGAAACCAUCUCAAACACGGCUGGCUUUGAAGGCUACAUUGACUUGGGCCGGGAACUGUCCACUUUGCACUCGCUGCUCUGGGAAGUCAUCUCUCAGCUGGAGCAGGGCACUGCAACAAAGCUUGGGCCUCUGCCUCGGAUCCUGAGGGAUGUCAACUCGGCACUCAGUAACCCAGCCUGCGUGCAGGUCUCGGUCACAGCCGAUCACACCGCAUCCACGCCUAAUGCUGGCAACAGCAUCUCUGCGGGGCUGCAGAAAAUGGUGAUAGAGAAUGACUUAUCUGGUCUGAUAGAUUUCACACGGUUACCAUCUCCAACCCCUGAAAACAAGGACUUGUUUUUUGUCACAAGGUCUGCUGGGGCCCAGCCCUCACCUGCCCGAAGCUCCAGUUACUCAGAGGCCAAUGAGCCCGACGUGCAGAUGUCUAAUGGCAGCAAGAGUUUGUCCAUGGUGGACUUGCAGGAUAAUCGGCUCUUGGACAGUGGGGCCAACGCGUCUGGCACGUCUGACUCCCUCAAUGACAGUCAGUCGUCCCUUGGGCAGUUGCAGGGCGUGUGGACCGCACGGACUCAGCAGAACAGCGUGACGGGCAUGGCCACCGUGCGCCGGGUGGGCCAGACCCCCACCACGCCGAGCGGCGAGAGCGCACCUGGCCGGCCCCAGCUCCUGGCACCCCUCUCCUUCCAGAACCCCGUCUACCAGAUGGCCGCCGGGCUGCCGCUCUCCCCCCGCGGCCUGGGCGACUCCGGCUCCGAGUGCCACAGCUCGCUCAGCUCCCACAGCAACAGCGAGGAGCUGACGGCCAACAAGCACGGCUUCGCCGCCCCCGCCGCCAGCGAGGACUUCACCCGCCGGACAGGGGAGCUGGCCCGCCGGCAGCUCUCGCUGACGGAGAAGGGCGGCCAGCCCACCAUGCCGCGGCAGAACAGCGCGGGACCGCAGAGGCGGAUAGACCAGCCGCCCCCGCCGCCCCCGCCGGUCACCCGCGGCCGGACGCCACCCUCCCUGCUGAACACGGUUCAGUACCAGCGACCCUCCAGCGGCAGCAUGAUGUCCUCCUCGCCCGACUGGCCUGGCAGCGGCGCCCGCCUCCGGCAGCAGUCCUCCUCCUCCAAGGGCGACAGCCCCGAGAUGAAGCAGCGCACGAUGCACAAACAGGCCCCUUCUCCUGUGAAUCCCAAUGCCCUGGACCGCACUGCUGCUUGGCUUUUGAAUAUGAACAUGCAGUUUUUAGAAGAUGAAAGCAUUGACCCAGAUUCCAAGCACAGGGAUAAGCUCAGGAAUAAGGACGAGCUCAGCCAAGCAGAAAAGUACCAGCAGGACCUAGUGGUGCUGCAGGACAAGCUUCGCAUCUCCAACAAGAAGCUGGAGGAGUAUGAGACUCGCUUCAAAUGCCAGGAGGAGACAACGCAGAAGUUGAUGCUGGAGUACCAGGCCAGGCUGGAGGAGAGCGAGGAGCGGCUCCGGAGACAGCAGGAGGAUAAGGAGAUCCAGAUGAAGGGCAUCAUCAGCAGGCUGAUGUCAGUUGAGGAGGAGUUAAAGAAGGACCAUGCAGAAAUGCAGGCUGCCGUGGAUUCCAAGCAGAAGAUUAUCGAUGCACAGGAGAAACGCAUUGCUUCCUUGGAUGCUGCCAACGCACGGUUAAUGAGUGCCCUUACUCAGCUGAAAGAGAGGUACAGCAUGCAGACACGUAAUGGGAUCUCCCCCACAAACCCAACUAAAUUGCAGAUUACAGAGAAUGGAGAAUUCAGAAACAGCAGUAAUUGUUAACCCGUGGAGGGUGCUGCCGCAGGAGAGGAGGCCUGGCCAGAGAGACCGUGCAGCAGCAGGUGUGAGCCGCGGCUUCAAAGAACGGCUGCUCUCUCCCCCCAGAGAAACCAGCUCCUUACUGCGGACGGCGCGCUGGACUGAGCCUCUGUGGGAGAUGCUAAUGCCAGCACAUUGAGGGGACGGAAAGAUCGAGUGUGAGAUGAGUGGCAUAAGGAAAUAACAUAUAUUUGAGAAUCGCUGUCACUGUUGGAUUUAAGUCAGUGUUUAAUGUUUAAACAAAAGUAACCUUUUCCUUCUAAACUGCCCAAAGGAUACGCCUCACCCCUCCCAGCAAGGAAUAAUGUCCUUGUCAUUGCAGUAAGCGAAAUAAAGGGAGCUGGGCAGAGCCUGCAGCAGGCAGUGGCCCAGUAAGCCCAGUUAAAGUGUGCUGCUGGAUGUAGCCGUACGAGGGAUGGCAGCAGAGCUUGGCCCGCUCCUCCUGUGACUCCCCAUGGAGCACAGCCCUCUCCCAAAGCAAAGCCCGAGCUGAGCCCAGCCAUCUUUCCUCCUGUGGCUUUUGUGAGGCCACUGACUUUUACAGCGGGCGACUGUCCACAGGGCAUUUACGCAGCUAAUUAGUGUUUAAUUAACUCCGCCCAUAUAGGGAGUGCAGUGCAGCUGGAAGGUCAGGGCACACUGUGCGUGGUGGCAGCCAGAGGGGUGCCGUGCCAGAAGGGUGCUGUGCCAGAAGGGUGCUGCGUGGGGAGCCACGGUGGCGGGGCAGCGGAGGGCACGGCACGGCACGGCAGGCACUGGUGGGGCUCCGGGGCCCGGGACAGCCCGGGGAGCCCAGCAAGCCCAGGGCUCUGGCACGCAGGUGGAGGGUGGAGCUGGCACCUGGUGAAUGGCAACUUGAUUUCUCUCUACAGCUUCUGCUCUCUCACAAGUAUUGGGGAAGAGUCUUUGUAAGCAAUAACCCCGGGGCGCUGGCCCACACACACACACUUCCAGCCACAAAAUAAAGUCAGUGUUGCCUGAGCUUGGUUCCCGAGCUGUGAAUGAGGUGCAGGGGCUGGAUUUCCUGGUGCCCGCUGUGGUAGAGGGGGAGCGAGGGGCUACGUGAAAUGGCCAGCUUCUUGCUUGACAGAGGGUUCGUUAUGGGGAUGGAAUGCUCUGUGCAGAGAUUUUUACUAUUUCUGGGGAGAAAAACAGACAAAGAAACAAGAAAAAGCCCUGAAGAACCAUGAAGAUCGGUAAUUGUAUCUCUUUUCUUUCACAGUAUGCAUUAGAAAAAAAAAGAUCCCAUUUUCUGGAAUACUGUCCUCUUUAAAUUGGGAAUGAGCACUGCAUGGAAAUUAACCGGCUUGAAGAAUGUAAAACAUGGUCAUAAGGGAGUAACCAACAAGAACAGCAGCCACCACCGAAAGCCCCCUUGUCAGGAGCACUGUGCAGGCAUAAGCCAGGAUUAGACUUUCCUAACUGCUGAAACACGCAGAUUCGGCACAUUCAGACACGUUGUGCUCAGCGGAGGGGUCACCUCCUUAACGGGGGAUUGUGCCACUGACCUGCCGCCACGGUGUGUUUGUUGGUUUGUGUUUUUUUUUAAGUUAGUACUUCAUGACUCCCACUCUCAGAGCAGGUCACUCGUACCAAGAGCCAGAGAGAUUUCUCUGAGACACGGAUGACAGUGUACAGUGUACAGGACAUCUGCCUAUUCCUCCCACUAAAGUUUAAUACACUGCUCAACGCCUGUCCUAGCUCCUCCUGCCAUGUGUAAAUGUACAGUCAAAGGGACUAGGAUGUUCCCUGAGCUCUGCACAGCUUAGGUACCGUCUCCAGCCUCACACUACCCAGGCUGCCUGAGCAGGACACUGCCAGUAAGCUCUGCAUUGCCAUGCUGCCCCACAGCCAUAAAGCUCAUUAACAGCAUUCUUCCACACGCAAUUGUUCUCAAAAUUAAAGAUGCUUUUUUUCCUAACCGUUUUUCUGUUCCCUGGAAGCCCUGGGCCAAGCCCGGUGCGGCUCGGUCCUUGGAGGAGCGAACGUGUUGCACUGAGGUCUCCACACCCCGCCAACACCUGCAGAGUGGUGCAGUCACAGCAGACCCCAAGCGGAGCUCCUCAGAGAAAAGUAAUAACUAAAUAUUUAUGACAAGUACAGUCACCUUUUGAAUUUUGGAGACUAGCACAGAUGGCUUUGAAGAACCUCACAAAACUGACAUGGUUUACAACUGGAGAAAGACCCAGACAGGUUAGGAAUAUACAGGGUACUGUGAAGCGUUGGGUACGUACACGUACAUCUGCCAUUGUCUCAGAGUCAAACACAUUCUAAGAACCCUGCAAAAAGACUAUUUUAAACCGCUGUUGCCCUGAGAUGUAUGUCUAGAGCUGAUUGUUUUUGAGUUCCAAAAUAUUUGUGUUGCGAGAGACGGGAAGUUUUUCAUGAGAGACUUAACACAGAGGAAUGGAAACGCUAGCAGGGCGCGGGGGCAGGCGUCCCACCAGCAGCAUGUUUCCAUUCGUACACGGGAUUAAUUCUGGGUGCAGUCAGUGCUCUUCCGUAGCGCUGGGAAAAAAGAGACACCCACAAAACAAUUGUUUAGUACUGAAGCUAAGCACAGCAUAUCUUAAUCUUCUCAACCACAAGCCAAGGCACUGCUCCCCCUCACCCUGAUCUGUCAGAAACUCCUGGUUAACCUCAGACGUGCAAAUUACUGAACACACAUUGUUCUGCUGAAAUUGCAGAAACGCUUAAAUCCUUCCACAGCGAGUUAUUUAAAAGAAAAAAAUCUUCAGAAGUUCCAGUGCCAACGCCUUCUGGAGUUGUUGCUUAGUUUCCUGAGCCAGUAUAAAAAGAAAUUCAAAUCAGGACAAAGUCUCGUUACAGUACAGAUUCCACCCCCACCCCCCUGCCCCAUUUUUGGCCCGUUUCCUUCCCCUGCAACUGUCAACAACUGGACCAAAACGUCACCCUCCCCUAAGAAGGUCCGAGGGUAGGUUUUAAGCUCCAGGCUCAGUUCAGUUCUGUUGCUUCAGUUUGUGUUUCUGUUAUUUAUGAACUGUACAUGUAUAUGUGUGUGUGCGUGUGUGUGUGUGCAUGUGCACGCCUGUGCGCGUGCGUGCGUGAGCGCGAGGGAGCCAGCAAGAGCGUGCGAGCGCGCCCGAGCCCCGCGCGGCCGGGUUACCGAUGUGGCCUCGGGCCUGGUACCUGGCGUAGCAAUACCAGAGGCAAUCCCCAGAGGUGCUUGCAGCACCAGAGCAAAGCAACCACUAUCCGUAAUGUUUUGUGAGCAGCUCCAUUUUCUUUUUCGUUCUUGUGCUUUCUACAGUAAGAGGCUGUUCUUGUGCAAACUGGUCAAAGUGUAACAAAACAAAACAAAAACCCACACUCAGAUUUUUAUCUUAAUACAAGUCUUAAUAUUUUUUUGUAAAUGUUUUCAGUGUUUACUGUAACGUAUCUAUCUCACUAACAGUUGUAUAUAGUAACUUACUUCUGGUGCUGCUUAUUCGGUCAGGAUUUGGCUGUAUCUCACUGCUGUUUUGGAGAGGUGGACUCAAGCUAGCAAAUCUGGAUCCAGACAGAGGUUAUGAUUGCAACUGCCUCCCGUGGGGAUCUGAGGGAAGGGAAAGGGAGAGACACCAGGGAUCCAGAUUUGGAGUUGGCCCACCUCAAGGAUUCUGUUUUAAGAGUUUUGAUUUGGGGUUUUGUUAAACUGUAGUGAAUGCUUCUGAAAAAUGAGCAAAGCUUUGUGUAAAGGGGGAUGAAACAGACUGAAUAGUAUCCCAAGGUCUCUGCGAACUGUAAACACCAUCAUUUUGGACAGGGAUUAUGGCUUCAGUGCCAAAAGACCAGAGGGACCUAAGUCCUUCCCCAUGCCAACUAAUACUACAGUAUAGUCACGAGCCCCUUUUGCACCAGUUUAAGCAAAUCCUACCACCAUCCAAAGAGUCCUGCGUCACUCUGCAUCGUCAUUUGAGUCUGGUUGGUUUUGUUUUCUGCUUUUGCAGUUGUAAAGCACUGAUUGCACUGUGAGAACACGCUGAAUCCUCUGGCCUAGGAGCCAGCCCCUUAAGUUGCUGCAGGGUGCAGGACGCAAGUUCUGCUACUACAAAUAUUCCUAAAGGGUGAAGGGACUUCUUGGACCUAAGCGAGGCAUCACGGGCUCUCCUAGGGAAGCAAUCGGCAAGUACUCAAUCAUUUCCAAAGUUUAGAGCGCUCAUAGGCUUUUCCCUGUUACUAAUGUCCAUACCCAGAUGCAAUAGAAAACUUAACUGAGGCCUGUUCUGUGAUGAACAAGGAGAGAACUUUUGGUCACGGGAGAUGGAAAAUUCACUGACACAUUCAGCCAGGACAGCCACAAGCUGUGGCUCAUAGAUGUGAUCUGCAAGAGGCUCAUUUCCCCCAGCGAUCCCAGGGCAGGGGAGCAGCCCUUGCUGGCAGCAGCGCCUGUGGCCAGCAGCGUCCAGUAGCUCCACCAAGGUCACUGCCCCGUCCGUAGCACGUACCUUUGCCUGGAGAGCAGAAAGUCUGAAGGGAACAGCUGUGACACUGUCCCUGGGGUGGGUGGGAGGGCUCCCAUGCAGCACUCCGUCCUUCCCACCCGCAGUGGCUGUCGGGGUCAGCCUUCCCCCCAAGGUUUGCAUUCAAAGCAAUCCAGGCCUCCAGCCUGGCCAGUACUGGGGUCAGCGUAUGGCUCUGUGGCCACCAGGAGAUCCCUUAACUGGCCAUGGGAAGGGACACUGCCCAUCUCCAGGUGGGCCCCUGACUCAUCAAGGACUUCUCAGCCACAAGGCUUAGACAUGUGGCAUGUGCCCUGCUCCACCCCCGCGCAGGUAACUCUUGCCUUUUCCUUUUCCCUUGGGAAAACUACACGCGGUGGGAGAGGGGGGACAACAGCAGCAGGCUAACACACAGCUCAUUGGCUUUACAAACUAAAUCCAAUUGUGAGGGUGUCACACAACAUUCAGAAACAACCACCUUUUGGAAAAGGGUGUCACGUUCAGCAUUGACUUUCCCAGACCACCUGAGCUGUGACACUGCUGUAAAUGCCGUGUGGUUCUGCAUCAGCUACCGGUCCCCCAGAGUGCAGUCUCCAUGUUCACAUAUUCCUUUAUCAUACAUCACUGUGUCUUAAGAUAUACCUCUCUCUGUAUAUCUGCUUAGGCUGAUACUUGUUCCUGAUAAGCAGUCGCUAUGUUUUAUAUCCUCUUAUAAAGAAAAAUCUUUUUUUUGUAAGUAUGUUUAAAAACAAAAAAGCAAAGUGGAAGUGUUUGCUGAAUCUCCUUCAGCUCCUUUUAAACUAUGUAAUAAUGUACAGAGAAAGUUGUUGGUGUUCAAAGAAAUGACGUGGCCGUGCAAUUUAUGUACAUUUGCAAUUAGAAAUAUUAAAGAUUUAUUUAGAUAUUUUA